UGCGACGACGAACCAGUGUGGUCACGUAAGCCCACCAUACCGCAUGGUGGAUACAUGUUUCCUUUAACUCGACGUUGUCUAAAAUGCUAUAAUUGUGUAUUGUUAUUAUUUUGCAAGGGUACAACGAACUUGUGGAACAGCCACCUCCAGCCUUGCAUACGAGUGCUGGAUUAUACCUGGUUUUGCUUAAAUAUUAUUGGAACACAAUUGAAUUAUAAUCUGAAUAAUCCAAAAAGAAUUGGAGCUUUUAAUAUUUGCUCCUUACCACUAAAGCACUGUUAAAAAUGAAGUGGUCACCCGGUGCUCUAUUCUGUGAACAAGUUGGUGAAUUAACUCGAGUUUUCUCACAAUGGAAUGAAUGUGAGCAAACUGUAGUUUUAUAUGCACUACUUCGUCGCAUUCCUGCAGUUCAAGCAAGGUUUCUUGCACAAGCAGUGCAGCAUUCCUUGCACUCUGUUUCUGAAUUAGACACACAGGAACUAAAUGCUAAUAAUCCAGCAUUUAUUAACUCAUUGCUAUCAGAAUCGACAGAAAUUGCUAUAAAUCAACUUCUAACACAUUUGCCAUUAUUAAGGCCUGGGAAUAUAGAGUGCAAACAAUGUUACUUAGUAGCGAUACCAGAAUUAGUAAGCCAUUGUGUAACUACAGGGCAAUUUACCGAACAAACUCAACAACUGUUAAGUUAUUGUUUGAUUCAUCCAGCUAUAACUAGUCAAGAUAGACGCUCCUUGACUCAGUGGCUUCGACAUCUGGAAGAACGUAUUAGUGGUACGCCACCAAUACACAGUCUCGAAGAGUACACUAAUACUACUAUUAGAUGGGAUAAUGCAUGGCAGCGAAAUUCUAAACAGCAAAGUGAACAGACAAGUUUAUUUGGCACACAACCAAGCACUGCCUUCAAUUUGCAAUUUCCUCCACCCGUAACUCGUCAACGACGAUCGAACAGUUUAACACCACCCGUUGCUCCAUCUCAUCAUCUAGAAGUUGUUGAUCGCAGUAACAAUAUAAAUUGUACAACUAAACAUAAGCCACGAAGUUUCAGCGUAUCUGGAGAUCAUACAAGCAAUCUUAUUGGAUUAGGCCCAUUAAGCCCUCAAAGUUCUUGCGCAAGUAGCGGCAGCGAAGGGCGUUUGGACGAAACAUCUACCCGAUCGCUUGCUAGUGGUAUGAGAGAUGUCCCAUCAUGGCUUAAAACUUUACGCCUUCAUAAAUAUAGUUAUCUAUUUGUUACUCUCAGUUACGAAGAAAUGCUUCAAUUAACCGAGGAACAAUUAGCAGAACAAGGCGUGACCAAAGGGGCCCGACAUAAAUUAGCUCUUUCUAUCGCAAAAUUGCAACAACGCUAUACAACACUUCUAAAUUUAGAGAAAGACUUAUUACAACCAACGCACGAUAAUACACAAUCGGCUUCGUUUUUACAAGGCCCGACAGUUUUGGUUAAUACGAUCGAUGAAUUAAAAACUAUUUUAGCUACUCCCAUGAAACCUAGCCAAGAAAAUGAUCUUCAGGAUAUACCUGCACAAUUCACCAAGGUUCUUGGAAAACUGUGUAGCCGGUUGGCACUGGAUAGCGUGGAUGACGGUAUUUUAUGCGCUUGUAUUAACAUAUUAGAGAAAGUAUUGCAGCAUGAUUGCUUUACUCCAAAUCAAAAGGAGAAGGUACAACAAUGGCGCAGUAGACUUGGAAAUCCACGACCAACUCCAAAAUGGCAACAUAAUUAUGGCUACAAUAAUAGAAGGUACUGUAACCCGCAGCAGCACAAUAGAAAACCAAGUUUAAACUUAGGACACAUCCAUAAUACGCAUCCGCAAAACAAUUCUUUUGUGGUUAGCACUCACAGAAACAGUAUAUCUACACCAUAUUUACAAAAUAAUCAGAACCAAAGCGUAAAUCAGAAUACUUUACGUCCAGUCCACGCGACCAAAAAGCGACCUAGUUUACAAGAAUCUAGUUUACAGCAGUUACAAAGAACGUUACAACGCACAUACAGUGCACCGAGGGAUCAUUUUCUUAACCCGAAUAACAACAACGCAUCCGAAACAACGGAGCCAGAAAUCAACUCUCGUCUCGAAUCUCUUUGUUUAAGAAUGACGGAACAAGCAAUCGGUGGUUUCGGUGAGGCCUAAUAAAUUCUUGUCUUUUUUCGUUGACUGGAUCUACACAGUAAGUAAGUCCUGUUAAAAACAGAAAAAUUAUAAAACGACAUAUGUGUCCGAGCUUCGUUCUUCCAAAGUCGAAGGCAAGACUGACACUCUUACAUUUUGCGAGAAUAAAGAGACUCCGACAGCAAUGAUAAAUGCUGACAAAUAGCACGUAUAAACGUGCAUGCAUUCUCACGCUUUAAUAGCCCUACCAAAUGAAAUGUCCAACAUUUGAGACAUUUACACCAAGAAAACCCAGUUUUGCGAUGUCAGAACGACACGCGAAGGAAAACUAAAAAAAAAAAAAAAAAAAAAAUAUUUUUUAUUAUAUCUGAUGCAAUUAUACUAUUUAAUUGAAACUGACAGAAUUUGGCAAGCCAAAUGCUAUUAGAAAGAUAGAUUCUUUCCUUGACUAAUUGCUGCAUCUAUAUAAAUGUAUUAUAUAAAGAAUAUAUAUGUAUACACAUAUGAGAUAGAAUUUUAUGGGAAGCGGAUAAAAAAACGUAUAACAUAUAUUAAAACGAAAAAAAAGGGGACGAAAACGGUACACCACAUUAAUUGUGCGAUGUUUGCAAUAUUAUUAUUUUCGUGUGUUAUCCAUUUCGGGAAAUGGAAUUUGUCUGAUUUUAAGCGCCAGGACACAUUAUAUACUAAUGUAUUCAUUUUAACGAACUGACUGAUUUUACUUCUUUUUAACAUUACUACGAUAAUUAUCUCUCCGUUCUACUUUCUUAUUGCAACCGCCGCUAUUGCUACUACUCAUCACUCUAUUUUCUGUCGACAUCGUUUAUUACUAUUCCGGCCGAUAGCUAAUUCGCCACACCAUCAUUUUCAUUACGUCCAUCAUUGUCUUUACUGCUUGUCAUAUUAUUAUUACUAUUAUCAUCAUUAUUAUAGUUAUUACUGCAAUUAUUACUACGUAAACUCUUAUUACUGCUACUGUUUACUACCAUUUCUCCGGGUGACCACUAACACCAUUAUUAAUAUGCUUUCACGCUAUUGCUAUUUUUACCCUCCUAUCGUUACGACUGUUUCUACUAUUAUCAUCUAUCAGCUAUGCUAUUACUAUUACCAUUACCCUACUACAAGUAGCCCUCACAACUACUCUUACUAUUAUGAGUACUGCUAAUACUAUAACAUAUUAUACUCUCCCCGCUAUCGUCAUUAUUAUUGUAUAGUUCUCCUUAGAGGAAAUGGAAAAUCAUACUUAAAAGAUAUAAUACACAAUAUUACUUCGUUAUAUGCAUUGAGAGAAAAGGAAGAAAGGAAAGAGACGAAGCGCUGUCGCAUGUACACGUUUUAAAUUCGCCUUCGCAAUCACGAUUGUUGGAGAAAAAAGAAUAGAAAAAGAUGACAUGCAGCGGUGUGUAUACUUUGUAGUUUGCGCACAGAUCUCGUGAUUCUUUAUACUCUUACGCGAGGAAGAAGAUAAGGGAGAAAGCGAGAGAGAGUUACCACGUGUCUCUUCUUUUAAAGUCGCAGUUAACAACUAUAAAUAGAAGAGGAUAAGAAGUACUGAAGGAAAGAGAGAAGGGAGUAGCGGAAGAAGGCGAAGAGAUUAUUAAUAAUAAACGGAUUUUUUAAGGCCUUAAAAAGGUAUAAGUCUCGUGCUAACGAACGCUAAGAAGGGUAUAAGACUAAAUAAUUAAAUAUACACAUAUAGCGAAACGAGUCGAGGAAUGUUAGAACUGAAAAGGAAAACUUGCAUUAUGCUUUCAUGAUGCGACAUCGAAAUCUGUGGCUUUAAAUUAUAAGCGUACACCAUACUACUCUAUAAAUAUGCACUUAUUAGCACUUUAACCGUAAUUACGUCGCGAGUAAAACCGUAGCAUAAUAUUUUUCGUGCAACAAGGAUAGGGAGAUACGAGAAGAAGGAGAUACGAGAGAGAGAAAAGAUGAAACGGAUGGCGAUGAUCAUGAUGAAAGAACGAGAAACAAAAAUGAAAGAAAAAGGAAUAUGUAAAGAUACGGGAAAGAUUAAAUUUAAUAACUAAAUAUAAUAGUAUUAGCGAUAAACUGAUAUAACGUAUUGAUAAACAAUAUAUGAGACAAGCAAACAAAUAAGCAAAAAAAAAAAAACAAA